GUGCAGCAGACCUGGGCAGCCUUGCAACGCAGGCCCCAAGUUGGGAAGGACUUUCUUCGAAUGCUGUCUGAGGCCUUGCCCGACACGCGCCACAUGUUCAAGAGAUCUACCACAGUCUGGCAGAUUCUGAGCGACCUUGUCACCGGCCUGGACAAUCCAGACGCCCUGCGGUCCCGCAUUGA